AUGUUAAGAUUAAUGUACGCUUGCCUUUGUUUUCUCGCUUUCGAAAAUGGAAUAAUAAGUUUCGACAAUUCUUGGAGGUUGUCUCCACUGAGAUGGAACCCAGGGUCAUCCAGUGUCCGCACGGAGCUGAAUCAGUGGCAAGGUCGUCAACGUUUCCUAUUGGACUUGCUGUUGCAAGUGCACAAACCUUUGCUACAUGAGGAACUCAUAGCAAUGGGCAGCCAACUUAACGAAGAUCCAAGGCAAUAUAAAGAAGGCUCCUGGAGAUAUUUAAAAGACUUUCUGGAGCGUGUACAUCAGAAUCGAGUGCCGCGGCCUUUUGGCAUCUUUAGUCAACUGGACGAGGAAAUGCCUGAGAACCUGCUUGGAGUCUAUCGUUUUUUAGUCUUGGCCAAGGAUUGGACUUCCUUCCAGCAAAAUGCCUGCUAUGCCAGGAUGCACUUUCAUCCCCUGCUCUUCGUGAACGCCCUCCAGUUGACAGUGGCCGAAAGGAAGGAUACCAAAGAUCUUCGAAUGCCAGCCAUGUACGAGGUGCUGCCACAGGUCUAUUUCGAGAAGGAGGUGAUCCUGGCGGCUCAGGAAGUUGCCUGGCAUCAGUUGACUCCCAUCAGAAUGGUGACACCCAAACGCAGAUGGAAGGAUCUUCUUCUGGGGUUUCUUAAGCCCAGGGCAUCUUUGCCGGAAGAGGAAACCAUGUCUGCAGAUCCCCUCAUUAUUGAUAACAAAAGAGAGUUGGCUUAUCUAAGUCUGGAUUUGGAACUUAAUUCACACUGGAACUAUCUGAUAAACCGCCUGAUUAUAUCCCGUGAAGAAGGAAAGGAGCGUCUAAAUGAUCACAUUAUUAUAGAUGGCGAUCGUUUGGUCUCCUUUCGAGGACCUCUCGACGAAGUCAUAUAUAGAAAUCAGUUAGCUUUGGGUCCCCAUUUGCAGAACGUUAAAUUAUAUAUUUACAACCUAAAGCAAUUUGUGGCUGCCUUAACCAUGGAAGACUGGGCAACGGGUCAAAUAUCGAUGGAUCUGAUUGAUCCGCCCCUGAUGACAACCGGUGGAGUUCCUUAUCAAGGCACCUUCUUAAACAGUGAAGCUGUAAGACACAUCAUAGACCUCACAAUAGAAGACCUCAAAAGUCAAAUUAACGAAGUGCUGAAUGACAAUGUUAAAAAUUAUUUGAAUAGCUUAGCAAUAGCUGGACAAAUGAUAGCAAAUAAUUAUAUUCACAUCUGUCGUCAACUAAACCUGGCUGUAAAUGGAAAUGCGAUUAAUAAACCAAGUAUGCUGGGCUUGGCCACGGCUAACCUUAGAGAUCCUAUCUACCGAUCGCUACUCUUUCGCUUGAAUGAAAUUUUAAAGAGUUAUGAAAAUGAGAAUCUUUCUAAAAAUGGAGAAGAAAGGCUUUCCCCUAAAAUAAUUAAUGUCACAGUAAGUCGCUUAAUGACUUAUGAGGAAAGCGUGAAAACGGAUCUCAUCAAUCUGAUUGACCAGCAGCUGCUUCAAUCACAGCGAAAUAAUUUACAAUUCCUGCGUCGCCAUCUUGUGGCUAAACAGCAUCGUCUCAAUCAUGAGCCUUUUACUAUUAGCCUGGAUAUAACAGCUCCAAACGACAUGACUGUUCAGUUAAGAAUGUAUCUAAUUCUACCAAAUCAAUCAGAAAUUCGUUUACACCUGGAUAGUUUUAAAUGUUCUCUAAAAAAGGGAAUAAAUCAAUUCGAACGUCUAUUUCCAACAGCUGUUUUUCAACCCACUCUAAGCGAACUCUACGAAGCCGAUUACCCAUCAACAGAAAGAAUUAAUUCCAACCGUUUUCCCCCACAUCUUUUAUUGCCAAGGGGGACUAGAGAAGGCCUCAAACUCAAAUUGCUUGUGGAGCUCACUACUUGGACUGGCUUGGAGCAGGAGUUUGAUGGGGUGUCUGUCCCUGUCCUGACCGAAACCCUGAAGGAUGUGAUAAUCUUUCAUCACCAGGCCUGAAACUAUUAUGCGAUUAUAUAUGCUAAGUGCCUAAACUUCUUAAUUGCAACGCAUAUGUUUGUCUGAAUAAGAAGGGGAUUACGAUGGAGUGGGUUUCAUAUCAAUAUAGUUUUCCAAGCACGCACACAAUCCAAAUUUUAAGGGAAAACGAAUAAAGUUGUAAUAAAUUUCCUUGAAUUUUUAGUUAUUAUAUGUUAGCUCUAAAACUCUAAUAUGAACCAUAAAACUUAAGAACCUGUCUCAGAAAAUCAAGUUUAUGAACUAACAUAAUUAACAUAUAAUAUAUAAUUUAAAAUUGAAUUAAAUUCUGUUGAUAUACGCAUACCCCAUUUGAAUGAAAUAUAUAUAUUUAACCUUCCCA